AUGGACACUAAAACUGUCGCCGUUCUGGCCCUCGUGCUGACUGCACUCUGCCUCAGUGACGGAAAGCCCGUUGGCCUCAGCUACAGAUGUCCCUGUCGUUUCUUCGAGAGCCAUGUUGCCAGAGCCAACGUCAAGCAUCUUAAAAUUCUCAACACUCCAAACUGUGCCCUUCAGAUAGUGGCAAGGCUGAAGAACAACAACAGACAAGUGUGUAUUGAUCCAAAAUUAAAGUGGAUUCAAGAAUACUUGGAGAAAGCUUUAAACAAGGGGCGCAGAGAAGAAAAAAUGGGGAAAAAAGAAAAGAUAGGAAAAAAGAAGCGACAGAAGAAGAGAAAGGCUGCUCAGAAAAGGAAAAACUAG